GAGCAAAGGGAACUAGAUGCUGACUUGUAAUAUUUAUGUAUUUUUUUCAUUUUCUUUUGGUUGAACAAAACUAACAUGACAAUAUAAACUGAGAUCCUUCCGUCCGAUCUCUUGUUUUGCGUUAUAAUGCAUUUUUUCUCACUGGCAGCCGUGUUUAUCUCUAUUACGCACGGCCUCCCCAAAGUUGCGCGCUCGGAUAAAUGCGCCUCCAGGUGCGACGUGAGCUCCUGUCCCAGCCCCAGCUGUCCCGGUGGUUACGUCCCGGACAGGUGCGGCUGCUGCCUGGUGUGCUCACCGAGAGAGGGGGACCCCUGCGGCCGCAAGAACGACUUACCGUGCGGGGACGGCUUGGAGUGCACGGCGCGCUCGGUCGCUGCUGCAGAAAAGCGGCGUGGCGCCUCCAGGGGGGUCUGCCGGUGCAAGCAGGACCAUGAGGUCUGCGGCAGCGAUGGGAAAACCUACAGCAGCGUUUGUAAGCUGAAAGCGGCCAAUAGAAGAGCCGCGCUGAAAGGGAGAACCGCGGUGAGCCAGGCGCACAAAGGACCCUGCUCAGCUCUGGGUGCAGGUCGUUCUCUAACCCGUUCCGGCAGCCCUCGGUACAAGUUCAACUUCAUCGCAGAUGUCGUGGAGAAAAUAGUCCCUGCGGUCGUCCACAUCGAACUGUUUGUAAGUCAUCCCCUGUUUGGCCGCCAUGUGCGUCUGUCCAGCGGGUCUGGUUUCAUCGUGACUCACUCGGGUAUGAUCGUGACCAACGCUCACGUGGUUACCACUACUGGCUCAGUGAUCGGGAGGCCGCAGCUGCGAGUCCAACUCCACGAUGGAGAUGCUUAUGAGGCUGCAGUGAGAAAUGUAGACAGGAAGGCGGACAUAGCUACAAUCAAGAUCAAUCCACAGAAGAAGCUCCAGGUGCUCUCUUUGGGCAGUUCAGCUAACCUGAGACCAGGGGAGUUUGUCGUGGCCAUCGGCAGCCCCUUCGCCCUGCAGAACACGGUGACUACAGGCAUCGUCAGCACUGCUCAGAGAGAUGGUAAAGAGCUGGGCAUCAAGGACUCGGACAUGGACUACAUCCAGACUGAUGCCAUUAUCAAUUAUGGCAACUCUGGAGGUCCUCUUGUUAACCUGGAUGGCGAGGUCAUAGGCAUUAACACCCUAAAAGUGACAGCAGGGAUCUCCUUCGCCAUCCCCUCAGAUAGGAUCAGCCGCUUCCUCACAGAGUCACAGAUCAAACACAGCAAAGAAAAGACCCAGCAGCUUAGGAGGCGCAAGGAGGAACCUCAGUCUGAUACAGAAGUGAAGAAAUACUUUUUAGGCAUCAGGAUGGUGACAAUCAGCAAAGUUUUAAUGAGAGAGCUGAAACUUCAAGAUCCGGACUUCCCUGAAGUCAGCAGUGGUGUUUUAGUGCAACAGGUCGUACCUAACAGUCCAGCUGAGAGUGGAGGCAUCAAGCCGGGUGAUGUUAUAGUGAAGCUAGAUGGACAGCCGGUUCACACCACUGAAGACAUCCACAAAGCUCUGCAGAGCGAUCUGCCACUACUUCUGGAGAUUCGUAGAGGAAACAAUGACUUAUUGUUUAACGUUCAGCCUCAACUCUUGGUACAUUGAAAAAUAGGUUGGGAUGUUUGUUAUCAGUAGGAGCUUUCUAGUGAAAUGAAGUAACUUGAGGCAAAAUAUGUGAAAAGUCUUUAGGAAAUACUGCAAGCAAACAACUGCUGCCAAUUCCAAAAAAGAAUAUGUUGUUAUAUUUUUACUUGCAAAAAGUUUGCUUUUUUUUU